AUGGCUGGAGGGAAACGUAGUAUGCCCGGUAACGCGAAUCAGUCGGCCAAGCGCCAGAAGGGCCAGAAGAGUGGGAAACCAGCAUGGCAGGCAUCCGCCCGCAAAAUCAACAUUGACACUGGCGAUGUGGGUGUGAUUGUGACCUGCGACAUGGGCAGAGAAGGGAAGUGUGUCGCCGAAACCCUGGACAUCUUCUCUCAGGCCCUAGAAGAAAUGGGAAAGCUCAAGAAAGAUGAUGAUGACGAUGAGGAUGAUGAGGACGAAGGCGACAUCGAGGCCCAGAUCCAAAGGGAGCUUGCGGGCUUGAAACCCAACAAGGACAAAAAGCGCCCCUUCGAAGCUAUUCGCUUAGAAAUGCCUUGUGUGAUAUUCGUGCGACUCGAAAAGUCCAUCGAUCCUGUGGAAUUGGUCCACCGGCUAUGUGCUGAAGCACAAGCCAAUCCGGAAACGAAAAAGAGCCGAUACGUUAAGCGCAUGACCCCGGUUACUGAGGUCCGAAAGACUCUUAGCGUGGAUCUUGAGGCCUUUGCCCGUGAGAUUCUCAAGCCGCACUUCCACUCGGGAGGCCCACCGAAAAAGUAUGCCAUUCGGCCUUCAGUAAGAGGAAACAACAAGUUCAAUCGAGACGCCAUUAUUAAAACCGUUGCCGAUGUUGUGGGCAAGGAGCACCCCGUGAAUUUGAAAAACUACGAUCAGAUGAUCCUGGUUGAUGUUUGCCAGAAUAUCAUUGGAAUGAGUGUCGUCGGCAGUGAUUACGACCAGCUCAAGCGAUUUAACCUGGCCGAGAUCUAUGAUCCAGCCCCGAAGCCGGAACCCAAGGAAGACUCGAAGGAGGGGGCUGCAGAGACCAAGUCAUAG